AUGGCAUCUCCUGCAAUUGACAACGAGAAGCAUCUUGGUCCACAGAACCAGGAUGAACAGAACUUGGAGCGACAUGGCUACGUUCAGCAAACAAAGCGCAACUUCUCUCUUACUGCCAUGGUUGCAACAUGUGUCAACUUGAUGGCAACAUGGGAAGCACUGUCUAGUACACUCGCUGCUGGGCUCGUGAGCGGAGGGGCAGUAUCCCUUGUUUACGGCGUCAUCGUGGCAUUUAUUGGGUCACUCUGUUCUGCCAGUUCUUUGGCUGAACUGGCGUCAAGCUAUCCUACCGCCGGCGGACAAUACCACUUCGUAGCCAAGCUGAGUCCGAAAACGAGCCGACCCUUGACCAGCUGGUUCGCUGGAUAUAUCUCAACCCUUGGCUGGAUAGCUUCUGCUGGUAGUGCCCCCUUUCUUGCUGGAACGCAGAUCCAAGGCCUCCUCGUCCUCAACUACCCUGAUUCCUACGUUUUCCAAAGAUGGCAUGGCACGCUGCUCUUCUGGGCCGUCCUUCUCGGCUCUGCUUGCAUUUGUAUUUUCUGCAGUAACAAGUUGCCACUCAUCGAGAAGCUGACACUAGUGCUACACGUCACCUUCUUCAUCGCAAUCAUAGUCACAAUGGCCGUGACUUCACCUACGAAACACUCGGCCGAAUGGGUCUUUUCCCACUUCGAAAACAAUUCUGGAUGGGGUAACGACGCUGUGGCUUGGAGUAUAGGACUUCUUAGCUCUUGCUAUGUUCUUAUCGGCUAUGAUGGUGCCACCCAUCUUAGCGAGGAGAUGAACAAUGCGGAGAUGGGCGUACCUAGGGCUAUGGUUGGCUGUCUCUUGGUUAACGGGCCUUUGGGCUUUGCCUUUCUCCUCAUAAUUCUCUUCUUCAUGGGAGAUAUUUCGGCAGCAUUGGCUACACCUACAGGGUUCCCUAUCAUCGAGAUCUUCCUUCAUAUGACCGGCAGUGUUGCGGCUGCUACCACCAUGACUGCUAUGAUUACCGUUAUGGCUUGCUUGUCGACAGUUCCUCUCCUUACAGCAGCUGCUCGCAUCAUGUGGGCGUUUGCUAGAGAUCAAGGUCUCCCGUUUGCUGAGCGUAUUGCAAGCGUUGAUAAACGUCGACAGAUCCCCACUGUAUCCAUUAUCGUUGUCAGCUUCCUGCUUAUGCUGCUGAGUCUCAUCAACAUUGGCUCUACAACGGCCUUCAAUGCUAUCCUAUCCCUUGCCGUCGUCAGUCUACAGGCCUCGUACCUCCUUCCAAUCGUUCUCUUGAUCUGGCGACGCUUAUUCCGCCCGGAUACUCUGCGCUGGGGUCCUUGGAGACUCGGUAAAGCAGGCCUACCCAUCAACGUCAUUGCGGUGGUUUAUCUCAUCUACACCUGCAUCUUUCUUCUGUUCCCCCCUUAUCAGCCAAUCACUCCGGUGAACAUGAAUUAUGCGCCUGUUGUAUUGUGUGGUGCACUGGUAUUUGGGUGCAUUUAUUGGCCUUUGAGGGUCAGCAAGCGGUAUGUUGGUCCACUGACAGAUGCUGAGGUUUUGGAGGGAACGCUACACUAG